AUGCCGCGCGCCCACCCGGGGCCCCGGGGCCCCGAGCGUGCGCCGGAAACGAACUCGCUCCAGGUCCUGGCCGCGGCGGCGGACAACGUAGACACGCCAGGCGAAGCUUCUGGCAAGAAGGUCCAGGUGGACUGGUCCACCAACAUCGGGGAGCACGCGCGAAGCAUCGAGGUGGUAAGGUUCAGCCGGUCCCUCUCCGCCAGCCAGCAGGAGAUCCUGGUGGUGGGAGAGCAGACCGUCUUCACCCUCAAGGACAGUGGCGGCAUCCGAUUGCAGAAGCGCCUCGCGGAGUAUGGCAUCACCGCCUGCAUCGCCUACAAGAUGCCGCCGGAAUCCGCGGAUGCGCUGCCCAACCACAACCUGAUCUUGGGCACCAACACAGGCCACUUGCUGGUCUUGAAGGAGAUGCAGCUGAUGUGGUGCGCGCGGCUGCAGGGCAUGGUGCCAGUUCAGAUCUGCGUGGACACCCUGGGCAGCGUGCGGGGCAUGAUGGUGCUCAUGGACUGCCGCGGAAAGCUGCAGGUGUGCUACCUGGGCACUGAUCCACCCACUGCCAGCCUGGUGAACACAGAAAUGAAGGAGCUGAAUUACGACGAUAUGGAAGAAGAGCAUCAGGAGAUCUGUUGCGAGUCAUCCGGCAGACCCACGGAGAUGGUGCCACGGAGCCGGAAGAGAGCCUGGUCAUCGACGCGCAGGUGCCUCAAGUUCUGGACAUGGGCAUGA